CUGCUUGGUCUCUGGAGGAGUCUUCCUCACUCUGACCUCACUGAGCAUGCUCAGUCUGCAGGGCCAGGCUGGGUAAAUAAAUCCACAGGGACCUGAUGGGAUUACCAGAGCAGAGGAUCUCCACCAGCAGAGCAGCCUCUACGGGGACCACUGGCACGGUUCUGGACUUCUGCUUACCUGGACUUCUGCUUACCUGGACUCUGAAGGCGAUCAGGAUGAUGCUGAACGACGAGUGGACCAUCAUGAACAACAGCAGCUCUGAGCUGGACAGCAAGAGACCGGACAAGUACAAGAGGUGCUGCAGGUUCUUCUCCUGGGCCUUCGUCGUGCUGGUCGUCUUGGCCGCCGUCGUCACGGCAACACUGACCGUCCUUCACCUGGCCCGCUACCCUCUGCCCUUUGCCAGGGGCGGAGCCUCGACACCUGCCGUCUCCACGGCUCCCAAAGAGUCCGGCGCCCUGGUGACCAUCAGCCGCGUGGCGGACGGCGAGCCGGUCAGCGUCUUCCUGGACCCCAACUGUCCGGACCUCAGCGAGCACUUCCUGCGCUGGGAGGCGCUGCAGAGCUCGCUGCUGCGGGCGCUGACCAAUCACAACGCAGAGGACUGGAAGGAGAGGGGGGCGUUCCAGAAGCUGGGCGAGGACCUGAAGGUGUUGACAGGCCACGCCCACAACCUGAGGCUGGAAACCGAGUCGUUAAAGAGGGGCCAAGGUGUUCUGGACCAACGCGUGGACAGGCUGCAGAGCGAGCAGAGCCGCGUCAUGCAGGUGCUGUCUGACAGUCACUCAGGUGUUCUGAAGCUGGCCGAGAGUUUCAGCGAGUCUCUGCUGGGCCUGAAGAGGGAGACAGAGAGCCUGAGGCGGCUGAAGAGCGAACUGAGCCAAGACGUCACACGGACAGCGGCCCAACCCAGAGACUGCAGCGGCAUCUUGGGGUCCGGCGUGUCUCAGGACGGCGUUUACUCCGUGUUUCCGACACACGAGCCCGACGGCUUCAUGGUUUACUGCGACAUGAGCACCGACGGAGGCGGCUGGACGGUGAUCCAGAGGAGGGAGGACGGCUCGGUGAACUUCUUCCGAGGCUGGGAGGCCUACAGGGAUGGCUUUGGGACCACCACAGGCGAACACUGGCUGGGUCUGCAGAGGAUCUACGCCCUCACCAGGUCCGGAGGCUUCGAGCUGCGCAUCGACAUGGCCGACUUCGAUAACGCCACAGCUUUCGCCCUUUACUCUGAUUUCUCUGUGGGUCUAGACUCUGUGAACCCCGAGGAGGACGGCUACCCACUGACUGUGGACGGAUACUCUGGGACUGCAGGGGACUCGCUCCUGAAGCACUCGGGGAUGCGCUUCACCACCAAAGACCGGGACCAGGACCAGUCUGAGAACAACUGUGCCGCGUACUAUCAGGGCGCGUGGUGGUACCGGAACUGCCACACCUCCAACCUGAACGGACAGUACCUGAGAGGAGGCCACGCCUCCUACGCCGACGGCGUGGAGUGGUCCAGCUGGACCGGCUGGCAGUACUCGCUGCGGUUCACCGAGAUGAAGAUCCGACCCAGGAGACCCGAGUCCUGAAGCCGGACCUGAGGUGGGGAGUCCAGCUCUGCUGCAGCUCUCCAGAACCGUCUAUGUGUGAUCAAAUGUCUGAGUUGUUGUUGUGUUCUGAUCUGUUCCUGUUCUGCCCUGUCUGCUGUUUCCUGAUCAACACUGCGUCAUGAUUGUAGAGCUGAGCGUUUUAUUAUUAAACAGUUUUGGACUGAACCCGUCUGACUGAUCCGAGCUUUGUGUUCAGAUCCCAGGAGAAUAAAACCCGUGAGUUCUGCUGUGUGACUUUUGAACCUCGGUGGUUUGGGUUUGGGUCGGAGAUGAAGCAGCUGCCAGCAGGUGUUCAGCUGUCUCUGGGGUUCUGUCGGGUCCACUGGGGGAACCGAACACUUGAAUUAGACGAAACUCUGCAGAGUUCUGUGAUUAGAAAACAAUGGAAUAGACAAGGAGGGCACAGGCACCAAAGCCACGCUUCAUCCUCUGAACCAGACCGGCUCCACGGUACCAGAACACCCUGAGCGUAGAAAUGCAUGUGUUGACAAAUCUGGGUUUAAAUAAAUUAUUGUACUUCU